AUGGGGCUACUAAGGAAGCAAAAUCUGGAGCGGAAUACAGCACUGCAUGAGGCUAUAAGAUAUGAUCAUUACAACAUUGUGGAGUUACUAAUUCAGAAAGACCCAAGGUUGACUUCGAUUACAAAUAAUGCUGGGGAAUCCCCUCUCUUCCUAGCAGUGGAUCGAAGAUUUUAUAAAAUUGCUCUUCACAUCAUAGAUACGCCAGGGGAUCACCUCCCUUCCUAUAAGGGAAGGAAAAGAAAGAAUGUCUUGCAUGCAGCUGUCAUUAAUCGCGCCAAAACUGAUUUUGUGCGCAAGAUGUUGGAAAAAUUUCCAGAUGCAAGUUUGGAAGCGGAUGACUCUGGCAGGAUUCCUCUUCAUUAUGCUGUACAUAUUGGCAAUGACAAUGUAGACGUUGUCCAACUAUUUUUGCAAAGAAAUAAUUCCAUUGCUUACAAAAAGGACAAUGAAGGGAUGUGUGCUCUCCACAUUUCGGUUAAUGAAGGACAUGAUGGCUUAAUGAGAACACUCAUUGAAAAAUGUCCAGAUACUUGUGAAUUGUUGGACAACAAACAUAGGACAGUUCUUCAUCUUGCCGUGGAAAGUGGAAGGAUAAAUGCGGUGAAACUUUUCAUGGAGACAUUGGCUUUUCAUGAUCUCAUAAAUGAGCCAGAUAAAGAUGGAAACACGCCUUUGCAUCUUGCUGCUUUGCAUAUAGCUGGCUUCGAUGAGUAUUAUAAAAUAUUAGAGAUUCUUGCACAUGACAGGAGAAUUGACAAAUGGGCUAGGAACGAGGAAGGGAUGACCGCAGCUGACAUUAUUCAAUCAAACAACAAGCUUUCUAUGAAAUUUAAGAAAAAAAUUAUGGGUACGUGUAAUUUGGAAGGAGUAGAUGAUGGCCAGACUCCGAAAGAAGUGCAGACUCUCGAGAACAAAGGCCCGUCUAUGGCUACGGAUGACCAGGAGAACAGAGUAGAUGACGGCAAGACUCCGAAGGAAGUGCAGACUCUCGUGAACAAAGGCGCGUCUAUGGCUACAGAUGACCAGGAGAACAGAGUAGAUGACGACCAGACUCCGAAAGAAGUGCAGACUACCGAGAACAAAGGCGCGUCUAUGGCUACAGAUGACCAGGAGAACAUUUCCAAUUUCAGUUUAACGUCAAUAACAAUCAUUACAACUGUCACCUACGCAGCAGCCUUCCAACUGCCUGGCGGAUACGACAGUAAUACGGGCAUGCCAGUUUUAAGAAAUCACUCAGCCUGUUGGCUCUUUCUGUUUGCUAAUUCAUUCUCCUUUCUUUUCUCAGCCGUCGGAAUGUUCAUCCACUACUUUAAGAUUUCGAAACAAAGAAAAAAGACCAGACCAACAUCUGAAAUUUUGCUAGACUUUUUAACUUAUUUUUCCAUCUGCUUUAUGCUCUUUGCCUAUUUUGCGAGCAUGUGGGAAAUCAUGAUCGGAUGCGAAAAUCAAUCAGUGUUAAUUGCCCCUCCCCCAAAAUAA